AUGAAUCAACAAACAGGUUAUAUUGCAGCUAAACAAGCAUUAAAUCCUUAUACAACAUAUGAAUUUAAUGUUGAAGCAUUUACAAUUGCACAUCGUAAUGAUAUAUUAUUCGAAAUUAUUCCAAUAAUAUCAAUUAAUAAAAUAUUAUUAACAACAAUUGAUUCAACAAUAAAUAUUGAUUUAUUAACAACAACUGAAAUUGGUUCACCUAUUUUACAACUUGGUUUAAAUAAUCGUUUUAAUAAUACAAAUGUUUAUUAUGAUUGGUCAUAG